CGAAACAAGACCCCAUUUCUUGAUCUCUCUAUUUCACACUGGUGGCGUAACCAAAACAAGGUUCGCUAAUGUCCGAUUUCAUCUUUCAGGUUAAACUGCGACGCUUUUUAUCCGAUUUUGUUAGUUUAUUAGGGUUUUUUUUUUCUUACCCUCUUGUUCUUGCACAAUCCAGAAUUCAGUGGGUUCCUUAUUUUAUUUCGUUUUUUCGUCUAUUUCUCGAUCAUGUGAUCAAUUUUUGAAUAUUAGGGUGCCGUAAGUUGAGAUGAUCUGGGCUUGCUAUGGCAUCCGUUGGCUGAAGAUUGAAAUCCAAUUCGAAAGUUUUGAACUUUUCGAGAAUUUGAAUCUGUGCCCAAUUGGCAAUUGGUGGUUUUUCUCUCUGUAAUGUUGGGUUUCUUUUAGAAUUUCCUUUAGGGGUUUGGGUCAGAGCAAAACGGUGUGGAGUCCUCUCAUGGAAACGAGAAACGUCACGUGGUUCUUCCGAAUCACGGGUCGCAUAACCCGAGCUCCAGUUGUACGUAAUGCUGUUUGCCACAGGACAAACCGGCGUGCAGUCCUCUUAUGAAAAAGUAGAACGGCACGCGUUCUUUGUGAAUUAAUACAUUCCACACCAACAAAACCGACGGCGUUGUAGUUCAUAUAUCGGUCAGGGUGAAAACGAGCGGCGACGGCGAUGAACAGGCUGAAAUGGCUGUCGGAGGGCGAUGUCUGGGAGCUCGACAUGUCGACGCCGGUGACACUCGAAGCCACCGCCCGACCAACUCCCGGCGACCCACUUCCUCUGGGUCUCUCCAGAGGCACUCGCCUCACUCGCCCCAAGCAGAUUGAGUUCUUCCACCGCUUCAUGGCCACACCUCUCAUUCCCAGCUUCUCGCCUCUCCGUCCAUCCUCCAGAGACGGCGUCGGAGGCGGAGGCGGGCUGUCUCUCCAACGGGUCCUAACUUUCCCCUUCUCUAAUAACUGGUUCGUGUCUCUUCUGGGUCAGUUCGAUGUUCAAAGAUUUGUGUCAGAGAUGAAGAAGAAUGGUGGUUUUCAUCGAGGGUCGUCCGCAGCUUCUCGUUUAAACACCUUUGUUAAGCAUAUCCAGGACAAAUCGUUGUACGCACUGGGUUUCUGCUCCGAGUUUUUGUUAACACCAGAUGAUACUUUGCUUCUUAGCUAUGAUACUUACAACUGUGAUCUUGAGCAGAACCCGAGGGCCAAGGCUGUCUUCAAUCACAAGUUUCCGCUUCACACAUUGAGCGCAGAGGCAGUUUGGCCUGGACUUUUUGUUGAUAAACAUGGUGACUAUUGGGACGUCCCAUUCUCCAUGGCUGUUGAUUUAGCUUCCCUUCCUGCUGUGUCUGGUCCGAGUUACCGUUUCUGUUUGCAUCACAACAGCGGGCAUCCUAAGAAGCUCAAUGGAGAUGUUACAGAAGAAGUCCCGACCACUCUCCUUCCUGGUUUGUCUCUUAAAACUGCUGUUUCUUAUAGGACAAACAUGGAUAUUUGGCGGAGUAAUGCUCAGAAGCUCGGAUCCAGCAAGCCCUUUGACAUUUUCCUCUGCGAUCCUCGUGUAUCAAUAUCCGGGAUCAUUGGUGGUGUAAUGACUGCUGCAUUUGGUGAAAAUUCAAUUAGAUCGAAACUUCAAGGGGAUUCUGAUGGUAUUGAAGGAUUAUCUAUUCAUUUUCCGUCGCUAAAAUCCGGGUUCUUAGCUGAUGGAUUUGGGCGGGCAUCGCUGACAGCUCAGUAUGGGAACUUCCAGAAAUCGUUCUUGGAUCUCACCCGGUUUCAUGCUAGACUGGACUUCCCUAAAGGUCUUAGGUUUGCUUCCGGUGCCUUUAGUAUUGCGCAAGAUCUUUUCAAUUCUCAGCAGCCGAAACUAGAAGCAUUCCAGAGAAUCUGCCCUGAAGUUUCGGUUUCUCUGCAACAACAGAUUAUCGGACCGUUUAGCGCGAGAGUUGAGUCGGGAAUUCAGAUCGAUCUUAAGAACGGAGCUAAUCCCAUCUUGCACGUGGAUAAUUCGAUAUUUGCCGUGGAAUAUGCUCUUCAAGUGCUCGGUUCUGGAAAGGCCGUUGCUUGGUAUUCACCGAAACAGAAAGAAUUCAUGGUUGAGCUUCGUUUCUACGAGAUAUAGCUUCAGGAGGUUAUAUAAUGUGAUCUGAUAGCCAUUGAUGUGAAACAGAAGGUGGUUCAAUAGAAGGGAAGCCUAUGCAUGUUUGAUGUCCACUGACAUCUUUUAACUAUCAUAUACGACGGCUACAAUACGCGGAGAUACACAGGAUGAAACUAGACGCGAAGCACUGUAUCCUGAGUUCCAAGAUACGAUAAAACGCUGCGUUUUAAGCGUUACCCCGCAUUUUCGAAAGAAGCGAACGCGUAACCCAGCGUCUCUCUCUGUCGCUGGACGCUCUCGGUCUUUCAGAAGAAAAAGGCUCGAAAUUUGGAAAUUUGCCAGAAACAAGACCCCACUUUUCUUGAUCUCUCUAUCUCACACUGGCGUAAUCAAAGG